UGUUGUGUGCCGCCCCUUUGCAAUAGGAAAGUGAAUAUGUUAAUUAUUAAUGCAGCCGCCUGAUGGCCAUGCAAUCAACGUUGCACAAGAAGGAGCAGAAGCAGGCAACAUUCGCGCUGUGCCACAAGUCAAACAAAAUUGUUCCAGUUGCAGCUCGCAUAACCUAUUUGGAGCGUGAGGAACAGCGUCCUUGCAGCAGCCGCUUGCCCGCCGCCGGCAGCGUUGAUGCCAGCGGUGCCAGCGCCUCGCCGCCGAGUGGAGUUGGUAUCUCGCCGCAGGGGUCGCCGCAGCUGCAGCAGCGCCUGGGCAAGCAUCUGAGCAAAUCCGCAUCGGAGCUGAAUGGUCACGAUUGUCACAGCAACGAGUCGCCGCAUCUGUCGCCGAAGCGGGCCAAAAGCGCCGCCUCACAGCAGCUCGUGAGCGGCAGCAGCAGCGUUGUGGGCGUGUCCAGUGGCGCGGGCGUGCUGCAGAAGACGCACGGCUUCUUCAACAAUUUGCGGCAUCGCUGGAGUCGCGCCAAGAGCAAAGACCGCAUCGGCCGCAAAUCGCCCAGCGAUUUCCUGGAGGAGAGCACCGACUAUGCCGCCGACUACAGCUCCGAGAGCAGCUCCGUAACGCAAAGUCCCCGACAUCGGGCAACCACAAUUGGCUCACCGCUGGCGCGAGAUUUUCGUGCCACUGCGAAAAUGGCGCAGGUCAUCCAACGCUUCGGCGGCUCCAUGGAGGGUCGCAUCGAUGAGCAGCCCGAGCAUGGCAGCAGCCACGCCCCGGCCGCCGGCUGCAGUAGUGCAACGGCGCAGCAGCAGCAGCUGGAUGCCCUGCAGGCCGACGAGCUGCGUCGCAAGCGGGAGACACAAUUACGACAAUUCGUCUUCUUUCAGCUGCGCGUCCAUCUCAAAUCCGGCUGCGACCUGGUGGCCAUGGACAAGAAUGGACUGAGUGAUCCUUAUGUCAAAUUCAAGGUGGGCGGACGACUGCUGCACAAGUCGCGCACCAUUCACCGCGACCUCAAUCCUGUGUGGGACGAGGUGUUCAUUGUGCCCGUGGAGGACCCCUUUCAGCCGAUUAUUGUCAAGGUCUUUGACUACGAUUGGGGACUGCAGGAUGAUUUUAUGGGCUCGGCGAAAAUCGAUCUCACUCAACUGGAGCUGGGCAAGGCGGAAGAUAUCAAUCUGCAGCUAAGCGAUACGAACAACGGGGAGCCGGGCCUCAGCAUGGGCGAGAUACUCAUCAAUCUGACGCUUUGGCCGCGUAGUCAGGAGGAUAAGGAAAUGCACUUUCAACGCAAUUCCAAACUAGCUGAGUCAUCGAAACGUCUUAAGUCUCAAAUCUGGAGCUCUGUGGUGACAAUACUUCUGGUCAAGGCCAAAGAUCUGCCGCUGGCCGAGGAUGGCAACAAGCUCAUCGACAUACACUUCAAGUUCAGAUUGGGCAACGAGAAGUACAAGAGCAAGUCUUCCUGGACGGAGCGCUGGCUGGAGCAGUUCGAUUUGCAUCUUUUCGAUGAGGAUCAGAAUCUGGAGCUGGCUCUCUGGAAUCGCAAUACGCUGUACGGCAAGGCCAACAUUGAUCUGAGCGUCUUCCAGCGAGAGACCACACAUGGCAUCUGGAAGCCAUUGGAGGAUUGCUGCGGCGAGGUCUUUCUCAUGCUCACCAUAAGCGGCACGACGGCUCUCGAGACGAUUAGCGACCUGAAGGCAUUCAAAGAGGAUCCGCGCGAGACCCAGCUGCUGCGCGAGCGCUAUCGCUUUCUGCGCAGUCUGCAGAAUCUACGGGAUGUCGGGCAUCUCACGGUCAAGGUAUUUGGCGCCACGGGCCUGGCUGCGGCCGAUAUAGGCGGCAAAUCGGAUCCCUUCUGCGUGCUGGAGCUGGGCAAUGCGCGCCUCCAGACGCAGACCGAGUACAAGACGCUGACGCCCAGCUGGAACAAGAUCUUCACCUUCAAUAUCAAGGACAUCACCCAGGUGCUGGAGGUUACAGUCUACGAUGAGGAUCGCGAUCAUCGCGUGGAGUUCCUGGGCAAGCUCGUGAUUCCCCUGCUGCGCAUCAAGAGCGGCGUCAAGCGCUGGUACACGCUCAAGGAUAAGAAUCUGUGCGUGCGCGCCAAGGGCAACUCGCCGCAGAUACAGCUGGAGCUGAUUGUGGUCUGGAACGAGGUGCGGGCAGUGUGUCGCGCCCUGCAGCCCAAGGAGGAGAAGCUCAUCCAGCAGGAGGCCAAGUUCAAGCGGCAGCUCUUCCUGCGCAAUGUCAAUCGCCUCAAGCAGAUUAUAAUGGAUAUCCUGGAGGCGGCACGUUAUGUUCAGAGCUGCUUCGAGUGGGAAUCGCCCGUGCGCUCGAUGAUUGCCUUCGUGCUGUGGAUUGUUGCCUGCUUCUAUGGCGAUCUGGAGACGGUGCCGCUGGUGCUGCUGCUCAUCAUACUGAAAAAGUGGCUCAUCAGGCUCAUCACAGGCACCACAGACGCCAAUGCGGGCCACUAUGAUUACGAGUACGAUGAGGAUGACGAUGAUGACAAGGAGAAGGAGGAGAAAAAGUCAAUUAAGGAGCGACUCCAGGCCAUACAGGAGGUCUCCCAGACCGUACAAAACACGAUCGGCUAUCUGGCCUCCCUCGGCGAGAGCACCAUCAACACAUUUAACUUUUCCGUCCCUGAACUAACCUGGCUGGCGGUGGUGCUGCUGCUGAGCGCCAUAUUCGUGCUGCAUUUCGUGCCGCUGCGCUGGCUGCUGCUCUUCUGGGGCUUCAUGAAGUUCUCGCGGCGCCUAUUGCGCCCCAACACCAUACCGAACAACGAGCUGCUGGACUUCCUAUCGCGCGUGCCCGACAACGAGGAGAUUAACCAGUACAGGGAGCUGCCGCCGUCGGCGACCAUCGACCAGGCACGCAGCAAUCCCAAGAAGAAACUGAAGGGCUCAUAGUCCAUAACCAGCGCUGAUGCGGUGCUGGUGGCACCGCUGCACCACAGCGCAACUGGUCCACAGCAUCUGAUGCAGCAGAUGACCACACGCUUCCGCGCCAAUACCAGCCAGCUGAAGCACAAGUUUGGCCAGGCCAAGAGCCUAAGUCUAAGCCAAGGCGAUUAGUCCACUUAGUAUACAAAUUAACGGCACCUAAGCAACAUCCCAGACGCAACUUUAACUAAAUGCACCAAAGUUUUUGCUUAAAUUAAGAGCUUCGAAAGAAAAAACCAAAUAGAAAUCUUGCUGUCGGGUGUAAC